CUUCUCGGGCAGAAGGUUGUGAGAGGAGUCUCGUAACUGACGAGUCGCAAUGCCGUCCUAGAUUUUGUCGAGUCUCUUCAAAACCGAGCAUCCUUUUGCCUUUCUUUCUCAAUCUCUUAUGCAUAUAAUAAUCACCCUCUUUAUACCCACACCCACCAUUUUCACUUCCAACACCACUCCCACAAACAAAACAACAUGGAUGGUGGUGGUUUGAAGCCAAUGGAUGCAGAACAACUGAGAGAGAAUGCUCACAAAAUGGUAGAUUUCAUUGCUGAUUAUUACAAGAACAUUGAGAAUUUCCCAGUUCUCAGCCAAGUUCAGCCCGGGUAUCUGAGUAAACUUCUUCCGGAUUCCGCACCAAAUCAACCAGAAUCAUUGCAAGAUGUUCUCAGUGAUGUCCAGUCAAAGAUUUUACCAGGGGUAACCCAUUGGCAAAGCCCGGAUUAUUUUGCAUAUUUUCCCUCUAAUAGUAGUAUCGCUGGAUUUUUAGGAGAAAUGCUCAGUGCUGGUUUUAACAUGGUGGGUUUUAGUUGGAUAACUUCUCCUGCAGCAACAGAACUUGAAAUGAUUGUUCUGGAUUGGCUUGCUAAACUUCUUAAGCUUCCUGAUGAUUUCCUUUCAACAGGACAAGGUGGUGGAGUAAUACAGGGUACAGCAAGUGAAGCUGUUCUAGUUGUGCUAUUGGCUGCUCGUGAUAAAGUUUUAAGAAGGGUUGGAAAAGAUGCCAUCGGAAAGCUUGUAGUUUAUGGAUCUGAUCAAACACAUUCAGCUUUGCAGAAAGCCUGCCAGAUAGGAGGGAUUCACCCAGAGAAUUGUAGGUUUCUGAAGACGGAUGCGUCCUCUGAAUAUGCCCUUUCUCCUGAAUCACUCAAUGAAGCAAUAUCACAUGAUAUCGCCAUCGGUCUAAUCCCUUUUUUCUUAAGUGCUACUGUUGGCACUACUUCUUCAACAGCUGUGGAUCCUUUGCUUGUGUUGGGAAAGAUUACUAAGAGUAAUGGAAUGUGGUUUCAUGUGGAUGCUGCAUACGCUGGAAGUGCUUGUAUAUGUCCAGAAUAUCGGCACUAUAUUGAUGGCAUUGAAGAAGCUGACUCAUAUAAUAUGAAUGCACAUAAAUGGUUUCUAACAAACUUUGAUUGUUCAGCUCUCUGGGUAAAGGACAGGAAUGCUCUGAUUCAGUCACUCUCAACAAACCCAGAGUACCUAAAAAACAAAGCUUCUGAAGCAAACAUGGUUGUGGAUUACAAAGAUUGGCAAAUCCCUCUCGGCCGCAGAUUCAGAUCACUGAAAUUAUGGAUGGUAUUACGACUCUAUGGUUUGGAAAACCUUCAAUCUUACAUAAGAAACCAUAUUGAAUUGGCUAAACACUUUGAAGAGCUUGUUUCUCAAGACCCGAGAUUUCAGGUUGUUGCUCCUCGGAAGUUUUCAUUGGUUUGUUUUUGCCUUCUGCCUCCCCAUAACAACGAAGACUGUGCUAACAAACUAAACCAUGACCUACUGGAUGCUGUUAACUCAACCGGGAAAUUAUUCAUUUCUCAUACAGUUCUAUCAGGUAAGUACACAUUACGCUUUGCAGUAGGAGCUCCAUUGACAGAAGAAAGGCAUGUAAAUGCAGCAUGGAAGGUUUUACAAGGCAAGGCCUCUGUAUUGUUACAAAGUCUUUAGAGUUUGGAGCAAGAUUUUUUUGGUGUAAUCUGUUUAUUGAUGACACUGUCCACGUACUUUCUGAGGUCAGUUCAUUAUUGAUUAAACAUUGUUACAUUGCUUUAGUGUUUUCCGGAAGAAAUUGUUUACUCUACUUUAUGCAGUCGUUCAUUAGUUACAUUAUUAGUUAACUAUUGGAUUAUGUUUGUUACUUGUCAAUAUGUACACUAUGUUUGCAAAACUUGAAUGCAUUAAAUAUUCAUUA